CGGCCGGUGUUCUGUGCGCUCCGGUGUGUGUUGUGUACAUUGUGUGCUUGUAGUGUCUGUGUUGUUGUGUGUAGUGCGUACCGUGAUCUGCCCCCCGCCCAAGCUGGAUCGCCGGCGGUCGCCGUUCUCCGCCUUGUCCAAGGGCUCCCGGGAGCGGCUCCAGCUGCAGCGGGACAAGAUGUUCUCCAAACUCAGCUCCAUCCUGCAGCAGGCCGUGGAAGCGCUCGCUCCUUCUCUGCCGUUGCAGGAGGAUUUUGUUUAUCACUGGAAGGCGAUCACUCAUUAUUACAUCGAAACAACCGAUGACAAGGCCCCGGUGACCGACACCAACAUCCCGUCUCACCUGGAGCAGAUGCUGGACAUCCUGGUGCAGGAGGAGAGCGAGCGGGAGUCGGGCGAGACGGGGCCCUGCAUGGAGUACUUACUGCACCACAAAGUCCUGGAGACCCUCUACACCCUGGGCAAAGCCGAUUGUCCCCCCGGCAUGAAGCAGCAGGUCUUGGUUUUCUACACGAAGCUUCUCGGCAGAAUCCGGCAGCCUCUCCUCCCUCAUAUAAACGUCCACCGACCGGUGCAGAAACUCAUCCGUCUUUGCGGUGAAGUCCUGGCCAACCCGACCGAAAACGAGGAAAUCCAGUUCCUGUGCAUCGUCUGCUCCAAACUCAAACAGGACCCGUAUUUGGUCAACUUCUUCCUGGAGAACAAAUCAAAAUCUACGCAACCCGCGGCAUCGUCAUACAGCGCGCCGGGGCCACGUGGCAGCGGACAGGUCCUGACCAGCGAUACUGGGCAGCCGGUCACUGCAGGGACUGGUACAGGAGGGGACGCCGGUGCCAAUCCUCCCCCCGAAUCAUCCGACGACCUAAAAGCGUCUGCGCUGCCAGAACCGUCUGCCAAUCACGUCUAUCAGGAUUAUAACCUGGUGAAUUCGUUACUGAACCUCACCAAGAGUCCGGACGGGAGGGUCGCAGUGAAGGCCUGCGAGGGUCUCAUGCUUCUCGUGAGUUUGCCGGAACCUGCCGCUGCCAAAUGCCUGACGCAGGGCACCUGUAUGUGCGAGCUGCUGACGGACCGGCUGACCUCGCUGUACCAGGCGCUGCCGCAGUCCAUCGACCCGCUGGAUAUCGAGACGGUGGAGGGGAUUAACUGGGGCUUGGAUUCAUACAACGUUAAAGACGACGCCUCGGCCUUCCCUGGGAAACGCGCUCUCAUAUCUUUCCUGUCUUGGUUUGAUUAUUGCGACCAGCUUAUUAAAGAAGCGCACAGGAUGGCUGCGUCCGCGAUGGCGAAAUGCGUGCGGGAGCGAUUCCUCGUCGGCGUCAUGGAACCGCAGCUUCUGCAGACGUCUGAGAUCGGGAUCCUGACGGCGACGGCUCUGCUCCACCGGAUCGUGCGCCACGUCUCGUCUGAAGCCCUGUUGCAGGAAAUCGUCUGUUUCUUGCUUGGGGAGCAGAGAGAGCCGGAGACGCUGCGGGAAAUCCAGCGCUGCCCCUUACGCUAUCGGCUCAUCGAGCACUGCAAUCACAUCUCCGACGAGAUCAGUAUUAUGACCCUCCGCCUGUUUGAACAUCUCUUACAAAAACCCAACGAGCACAUACUUUAUAACCUGUGUCUGAGAAACCUGGAGGAGCGCAACUACACGGAGUACAAGCCCCCGUGCCCAGAAGACAAAGACAUCGUGGAGAACGGACAGAUAGCGGGAGCCGUCGACUUGGAAGAAGAUCCCAUCUUCACCGACAUGUCUCCCGAAAACACUCUUUCUAAAGAAUGGCUGAGCGCCUCGCCGCCGGUCAGUCCCGAUCAUCAGCGCAACGACGGGAAGACAGAGGUGCACAAGAUAGUGAACAGUUUUCUCUGCCUUGUACCCGAUGAAGCCAAAUCUUCAUACCAAGUGGAGGGCACCGGCUAUGACACCUACCUCAGGGACGCGCACAGACAGUUCAGAGAUUUCUGCGCCGUCUGCCUGCAGUGGGACUGGCCCGGCACGGCCAAGGCCAUCGAGAAGUGCAACCUAGAAGCUCCUUUCUUCGAGGGACAUUUCUUAAAAGUUCUGUUUGACAGAAUGGGCAGGAUUCUGGAUCAGCCGUAUGAUGUGAAUUUGCAAGUCACGUCGGUGCUUUCCAAGCUCUCGCUGUUUCCCCAUCCGCAUUUGCACGAGUUCCUGCUGGAUCCCUACGUCAAUCUGGCCCCGGGGUGCCGGUCGCUGUUCUCCGUCAUAGUCCGGGUGGUAGGAGAUCUUAUGGUGAGAAUCCAGCGGAUCCCAGACUUUACACCCAAACUCCUGCUUGUACGGAAAAGGUUAUUGGGGCUGGAGCCUGAUGGACCGAUUGUUGAUCAUAUGACCCUGUUGGAAGGAGUGAUCGUGCUUGAAGAAUUUUGCAAGGAGUUGGCCGCCAUCGCGUUCGUCAAAUAUCACACCUGCCGGACCCCCUGAUGCCCCCGGCCUGGAAUCUGCACACCUGCGAGACCAAAUUUCACGCAUUCUGCAAACGUUUUGCGGAGUCUGAACCUCGGACAAGAAGGGAAAACGCUUUCUGCAUCUGCGGAGAUCCCGCGCUCGCUUUACCUGCGGUGCCGUCUGCUAGAACCAAAAGCACCGGUUUUAGGGUUUUCAGGAAAAAAAAAAACUCGCCUCGGAGUUCUCAGCGUCAGUUUUCUUCAUUUCUCGAAGU